UGUGAAAUAACAUGCAGAUACAGAACUAUAUAGAAAACUUUGCUAAUAUCUCGUGUGUUUUACUAAAAUCUCGUGGUAUUCAAAUAUAUACAAAAUUUGCUAAUAUCUCGUGUACUCACUAAAAUCUCCCCUUUUAGUACUAAUAUCGCGCGUCUUUCGCUAAUAUCUCGUGUAUUUUACUAAAUCUCGUGGUAUUGAAAUAUAUAGUAAAAGACACGAGAUAUUAGCACUAAAGGGUGAGAUUUUAGUGAGCACACGAGAUAUUAGCAAAUUUUCGUAUUUAUUUGAAAACCACGAGAUUUUAGUAAAAUGCACGAGAUAUUAGCGAAAUACUCGAGAUAUUAGCACUAAAAGGUGCGAUUUUAGUGAGUACACGAGAUAUGAGCAGGUUUUUGGUAUAUAUUUCAAUACCACGAGAUUUUACUAAAACACACGAGAUAUUAGUGAAAGACGCGAGAUAUUAGCACUAAAAGGUGAAAUUUUAGUGAGUACACCAGAUAUUAGCAAAUUUUUGUAUAUGCCGGUGGUGUAAAGUUCCACAUUUCUUUGGAAAUUUCCGAAUUGAAAGUCUUGUUACUCACUCUCAUACUGCCACCCCCGAGCCAGCCCCCGCCGCUACUAUAUUAGGACAGAUCAAGGAGUAGUCAGACCCAAUGUCGAACUUUGCUUAAAAUGUUCCACUUUCUCUUUCACACAUUUAGUUUUGUAUACAAUUAUCACAUUGUGAAAUAACAUGCAGAUACAGAACUAUAUAGAAAACUUUGCUAAUAUCUCGUGUGUUUUACUAAAAUCUCGUGGUAUUCAAAUAUAUACAAAAUUUGCUAAUAUCUCGUGUACUCACUAAAAUCUAACCUUUUAGUACUAAUAUCUCGCGUAUUUUACUAAAAUCUCGUGGUAUUCAAAUAUCUACAAAAAAUUUGGUAAUUUGCGGUGUACUCACUAAAAUCUCACCUUUUAGUGCUAAUAUCUCGUGUAUUUUGGUGAUAUCUAUUUUCGCGAGAUAUCAGGCAUUACUGUGUUUUGUUUCUCCAUUCGUCUUUGUUUGAUGGUUUAGCUCUGUCUAAUAUCAUUCUCUUACUCUGAGGGAAAGCGUUUAUGUGCAUACUUACGCGAAUUUAACAAUAUUCAAAAGUAACCUGUUUCUCUUUAUUAUUAUAGCAAAAGUCUUAAAUAACACGAAAACAGCGACUUCACAAAAUUUCGCUACAACAGAAUUAACUAAUUACAAUACGAAUCUUGACAAUAAACAGACAGUUCUACCAAGAGCUGACGAUAAUUUGAAUGAUAACACUGAGAGUCGAAAUGUUCCUACAACAAGCACACGUCUAAGUCCACAAAAUAUUGAUUCCAAUGUAGAAACAAAUGAUCAGCAAGAAAAAACGCCAGAAUAUUUGACUAAUGGAAGUGCAUCAACUGUCAUUUCAAAGUUAACGCAUGAUGCAUUGAAUUCAAGUGGAAAAAACAAAACGGCGAACCGAGCGAGUGGCUCAUCUAUUUCUGCUGAUGUAGUUUCAAUAAUGCCUGCUGCACAGCUUGAUCAAGAAGAGCAGCCUGGAAUCGAGGACGAUCAAGUGGGAAAAGAAGGCAAAAUAGCACAUGAACGAAAAACAUUAGAAAAAAUUAAAAAAGUUAAAACGGCUAUUUUAUUGUGCAAUAAAUCGGUGGUUUCGACCAAGUCGGAUUUGAUCGUGCUUUCGACUCAUUGCGAUGUAAUUGUACGAGAUAAAGCGAUCGAUCAAUUAAUUAAUGAAAAAUUAUUAUUCAAAUUAGACAAUUGCUUUGUAUCACGAUCAAAAACAACUGGAAAACUAAGUUUUGAACCCGGCUACAUCAAACAAAUACCAAAAAGCUCAGGUUUAGUUGAUAAAGCCGAAGUUAGUUUGCCAUUGUCCAAAUAUAUGAUUAAACUUGACGAUUAUUUGCAAACUUGUAUGAAUAUUGCAACAAAAUCUAGAUUAUUGCUGUCCGAGUCAGCUAUUGAUAUUCUUGGCAAUAAGCCGUAUUCUAAUUUAUUUACAAUUGCUGUUGAUAAAUGGCUACUACGAGAAGAUCAACGUCUAGCGUCGUCAUUGACGGAUGAAGGUGCUUUUUCCUUUUUCUUGCACACGUGGAUGCCGUUUUACCUUUCUCUUGCCUACGAUUCUUGUUCUCACUACACUCACACUAGUAAAACUAUUUCUUUCUUUGUAGCCGUGGACACUUAUCCUCAAGACAGAAAAAAGAAACGUGCUCUACUAUCGAAAAAUUUAGAUCAAUCCAAACGAUUAAGAAAAUCGCAAUCAUCAGUAUUGACAGAAGGUUUGACAGAAAAUGACGGCGAAAACGGAACGGCAGUGGCUUUAGUUAAAGAGCUAACAGCACAUCGACUACAACGUGCAGCGGCAAAGACGGUGUUAAAAAAGAGAUAG